GUGCCAGCAUCUCCAGCGUUUUCCAGCACAAGCCACCGGUGGAGAUGGGCACCUCCAGCACCACCAGCAGCAGCACAGCACCCUCAGGGGAUGCCGGGGGCCGUGGUGGCUCUCCCUGUGCGUGGCAGCUCUGGUUCCUGCCCACCUGAGCCACACACGGGCGCACACAGGGGCACCGAUGGCUCCCAAAACAUCCUGCAGCCCCUCAUGGCUGCAGGACCUCCGGAGCACACAGGGAAGGACAAUCCCAGCUCGUCCCAGUCCAGCCUCACGUCCAAACACUCAACCACCGGGAAUCCACGCGGAGACCUGGUGCAGCGCCUCAGCCAAGUCCUCAACACCACUAGAUGCCAUCCCUGUCUGGGCCAGCUGUGCCCUGAGUCACCAUCAGAGCCUGGAUUUGCCCCACGAUUAAAACCUUUCCAAGCCAGAGAGCUCAACAAACCCCCUGCCAUGGGCAGAGCUGCCCGGGAAUGGCCGGAGCAGCAGCUUUUCCAGGCCCGGCUGCAGAUCCAAAUCAAAAAGCAGGAAAUCUGACAACGUUGCCAACGCUUUCAUACCCUGGGAACACCAGGAAAGACCACGGUGCCAACGCCAGCCACCAGCACUGCCAGCCAGGCCUUGGGACAGGAAGGAGGACACUUGUGGGACGCUCCACCCCAGCAGAGCUGGACCUGCGCGCACCGAGGGACCCCCAGAGCCCCGGUCUGGGAUCCUCCAGCACAAUCCCAGCUCCGGGAUUCCAGCCUCCAUCCCCAUCCCUGGGGAAGGAUCCAACCACCACACGCCACCACUCCAAACAUCCAAGCGCCUCCAAACUCCUUCUCCCACUCGUUCCUCGUGCCCGUGCGAGCGCCAGCGCUGAAACCCAGCCGUUUAUUUUUAUCCCGAGCGAUCCAGGCUGGGAAAAAAAAUCCCCUGCGGGCGCUGCCCCCGGGGCGAUUUGGCGGGCGAAGGGCGCGGGAGCAUUACCGGCUGAAGCGGCGCGAUCCUCUUUGGUGGCCCAAAGUUAUCCCGGCAGCCGCGGAAGCCGCCGGCAAAAUGGUGACGGGGUCAAGGCGGCGGCGGCACGAGCAGGGAAAAACAGCAUGGGAGGUCAAGGACAAAGCAAGGACAUGGCGGAUUUUUGGGGAGAGGUUGGGUUCCCCAAUCCCGGUUGGGUUCCCCAAUCCCGGUUGGGUGCUCCCAUCCCGGGACGUGAGGACGGAGCCAGUCGCCUUCGGGGUCACCCAGCGGGGUCUUGCUGUGCCGUCCUGUGGAUAGAACUGAAGCAGAGGGAGGGGGACUGAGAAGAAAAAAGUGGGUUACUUUUUUUUUAAAAAGAUCACAUAAAAAAAUAAUAUUUAAGGAAAUACAGCACUAGGAAAAAAAAAAUUCUGUACAGACAGGUUUCAA